AUGAGCAAAAGAAGAGUUGAUGAAGAAGAUUCCGAUAUUGAUGUGAGUUCCACCGAUUCUGAAGGUGAAGAAAUUCAACAAGAAGAAAUUGUCGAUGUGGAUUUUGAAUUCUUCGACUUAAAUCCUGAUAUCGACUUUUUAGCCACCAAAAACUUAUUACGUCAAUUAUUCGGUGAUGAUGCUAAUAACUUCAAUAUUUCCGGUAUUGCUGAUUUAUUCUUAACCGAAAACAGUAUUGGUACUACAAUCAAGACCGACGGUAAAGAAAGUGAUCCUUAUGCUUUACUAUCAGUCAUUAAUAUCAACGAACAAAAGGAUAAAGCUCCUAUGAAGACUUUAUUAGAUUAUAUCUUUGAAAAGACCUCCAAAAGUAUAGAAUUUAACAUGAUGUUGAAAAAAUUAAUCAACACUAUCAAAACUACUAAGGAUUCAUCAAAGUUACCUAAAGUUGGAUUGAUUAUUAGUGAAAGAGUGGUUAAUAUGCCAGUUGAAGUUGCUCCACCAAUGUAUAAGAUGUUGUUAGAAGAAAUGGAAAAAUCUGAAGAAAACCAUGAAAAGUAUGAAUUCGAUUAUUUCUUAAUCAUUUCUAAAGUUUAUAAAUUAGUAGGAUCCACUUUAGAUGACGAAGACAAGAAAUCUAAGAAGAAGAAAUCUGAAAAUUUCAUUGAAAUGGAUUAUUUCCAUUAUGAAGAUAUGAUUUUUGAAGAAAAUUCAAUGUACCAUGGAUACUUUGAUUAUACUAAUGUCAAUCAAGUGACAGAUUCAAGAAGGGUGUUCACCGAAUAUGGAAUUGAUCCUAAAUUAAGUUUAAUGUUAUUAUCAAAAGACAAUUUAGCUAAAAGUGUACCAGCAAUGGCAGAAAAAUUUCCUCCUUUCUAG